AUGAAGAAAACAACGGAAGAAUUGAAAGUGAUGAAGAUCCGACUGCAGUCGGUAAGAAGCAAGUUAAUGCGAGUGCGUGCCAGUUUGGAUACGAGCCAAGAAGCUCCAAAUCCGAACCUCCACUGUAAGCAGUUCUUGCAGCUCCAGCUGAAAACCGUCGAGAGUACCUUGGCGGAAUACAAUCAGCUACACCAGCGUGUCUUCGAAGCGGACGUUGAUGACGAGGUACGAGAGGAGGCAGAGGUAGCGUACGUCACGUUUGAGCAGCAAUACGGUGAGUUGUUCAUUUUUAUUUCUAAAUUGAUCGAUGACCACGUCAAGAAAGAGGACGACGCCGCACGCACUGUGCCGGCUGUUCAGCCAAUACCGAACACCGUAGCAGACGUUGCACCUCAUCUACCCCCGCUGAAGGUUCCAUUACCGACGUUUGACGGGACCUAUGAAAAUUGGUUCGCUUUUCGGUCGAUGUUCGAGACGAUCAUGAGCCGGUACAGCACAGAAUCUCCAGCUAUAAAGCUGUACCAUCUUCGAAACUCGCUAGUGGGUAAAGCCGCUGGCAUUAUUGACCAGGAAAUAAUCAACAAUAAUGAUUAUGACGCAGCUUGGAAGAUGUUGAUUGAACGAUUCGAGGACAAAAGGCUCAUAAUCGAUAAACACAUUGAUUCUCUCUUCAACCUCCCAAAACUAACGAACGAAAACGCCACAGAUCUCCGAAAGCUCAUUGACACAUGCACAAAAAACGUCGACGCUCUCAAGGACCUCGGUCUUCCUGUAGAGGGAUUGGGAGAAUGCAUGUUGAUCAACCGCAUCGCAUCAAAACUAGAUUCGGAAACUCGGAAGGCCUGGGAAUUGAAUCACGUGGACGACGAUUUGCCAUGCUACGACGACACUCUUGAGUUUCUGCGGGAGAGAUGUAAGGUAUUGGAAAAGAUCCAGCCUAUCGUGAAGCAAGUAUUCAAAAGCCAGAAACCCAUGCGGAACGUGCAGGAUGUUAAGGGGAAGACGAGUACCCUAGUUGCAACUCCUGAUAAGUGUCCACAAUGCUCGGAGUCCCAUGAGUUGUGGAGAUGUGAUUCGUUCAAGAAUGCAGUCUUGUCUGAUAAGUACAAUGUACUGCGACGCCUCGGAGCCUGCUUCAAUUGCCUCCAGAAGGGGCACAGAACCAUCAAUUGCACAUCGAAGCAUACGUGCAAGAAAUGUCGGAAAUCCCACCACACAAUCCUACAUCCCGAAGAUGAUGGUACAAAGAAAUCCGUAACCUCACCAACGUCUGCAGAGAAGCCCGAGCCUGCGAAGAAGAUUCCUGAACAACCAACCAAGAGCGAGCCAACAGCUGUCCCUGAUGAAGAAGAAAAGCGAUCCAACUUCUGCGUGCAACCGAAGAAUCUCGGAAAACAGAUUCUGCUCUCUACCGCUGUAGUUCUGGUUAUUGGAAAGGCGGGUCAGCAGUAUCCAUGCAGGGUGCUACUCGACUCCGGGUCGCAUACGAGCUUCGUGACGGAGCAAUUCGCAAACCUUUUGGCACUGAAGAAGGAAACCGCCAACAUCAACAUCAGUUGCCUGAACGACACCCAGACCAAGGUGCGUCUGAAGAUUCACACCCAAGUGAAAUCGCGUGUUACUGAUUAUACUGUCUGCCUUGAGCUGCUAGUGGUGCCUAAAAUCACCGGAGUCCUACCAACUAGUAAGGUGGAUAUGUCUGCGCUGGCCAUCCCGAAUGGCGUUUCGUUGGCUGAUCCCGGAUUCCACGUACCCGAUAAGGUGAACAUGUUGUUGGGAGCGGAUGUGUUCUACGACAUGCUGAUGUCCGGCAGAAUCCAGCUACCAAGAAGUGCUGCCAUACUGCAGGAAACACAAUUUGGUUGGGUACUAAGCGGUCCAGCCCCGACCGAAGAUUCCCAAGUAGUCCACUCGUUCUGUUCAACUGCGUCCGAUGAAACGGUUGAUGCAUUGGUGCGAAGAUUUUGGGAAAUCGAGUCAUUUGGAAACGUCGAAUCGUCACGUUCAACUGUUGAAGAGGAAUGUGUCCAACACUUCGAAGAUACACAUGAACGAACCACGGAGGGUAGGUACUUGGUACGCCUGCCAUUCAACGAGAAGAAGAAUCAGUUAGGAGACUCCAAGCGUAUGGCUGAGAAGCGGUUCUACGGUUUGGAAAAACGUUUAGAUAGAGUUCCGGAGCUGAAGAUGCAGUACAACAUGUUUCUGAAAGAAUACGAAGCGCUCGGUCACAUGGUCGAGAAUCCGAAUCCCGAUGAUCUGCACGCUUUCUAUCUACCGCAUCAUUAUGUCCUGAAGCCCACCAGUACAUCCACGAAACUGCGUGUGGUUUUCGAUGGGUCUGCUACGUCCGAUACAGGAGUGUCCAUCAAUCAAACGCAGAUGAUCGGACCAACCGUACAAACCGACUUGAUUUCGAUUCUCCUGAAUUUCCGGACCUAUCAAUUUGCCUUUACAGCCGACAUUCCAAAAAUGUACAGGCAAAUAGCUGUUCAUGAAGACGAUCGGAGCUACCAGAGAAUCCUCUGGAGACAAUCUCAAAAUGAACCGUUAAGGACCUACGACUUGCAAACAGUCACGUACGGGUUAGCGUCAUCUCCGUUCUUGGCUACGAUGUCUCUUCGUCAGUUGGCUGAAGAUGAGGGUGUCCGGUAUCCGCUGGCGGCCAAUGCGAUUAGGAAAUCAUGCUAUAUCGACGAUGCGUUGGUAGGAGCCAACACCCUGCCUGAAGCGAUCGAGUUAAAGAAUCAGAUUGUCGACCUCUUGGAGAAAGGAUGUUUCAGCGUACACAAGUUUGCUUCCAACUGCCAAGAACUUUUGGCGGACAUUCCUGAAACGCAGCGAGAACAUGGCGUUGAAAUCGAGGACCCCAGCAUCAACGUUACCAUGAAGACACUAGGCGUGGCCUGGAAUCCGGUGAAUGAUAUGUUCACAAUCGUACUGCCGGCUCAUCUGAUCGAUGGAAACGCUGUUCAUACAAAACGAACGAUCCUGAGCCAAAUUGCGAAGAUUUUCGAUCCGUUGGGCUUCAUUGGCCCGGUGGUAACCGCAGCGAAGCUGAUUCUACGUGAAUUGUGGUCGCUGAACUUGGAGUGGGACCAACCGGUUCCCGAAGAGAUGGCGCUUCUUUGGAUGGACUACUAUCAGCAGUUGCGCAGUUUGAACAGUGUGCAAAUUCCGCGAUGGAUCUCAAAUGAAGGAAUCUGUGGUAUAGAGCUUCACGGAUUUGCAGAUGCGUCGGAUCUAGCAUACGGCGCCUGCAUCUACGCCAGGCUAAAGCAUACCGGCGGUACAGCAGAGAUGAAGUUAGUGUGUAGUAAGUCGAGAAUACUGCCAAGGAAACGAGAUAAGCAGAAGCAGAUCACCACGCCUCGAGCAGAGCUACUGGCGGCAGUGCUGCUUGCACGGCUGACAGCAAAGAUACUAGCAGCGUUCGAGAUCAGUUUUAACAGUGUAACUUUGUGGAGUGACUCCCAAAUUGUUCUAUGCUGGAUUCAAAAGUCGCCCGACGAGCUGGCGGCAUACGUUGGAAAUCGAGUUCGAGAAAUCCAAGAUUUGACGGCGGAAUUUGACUGGAAGUACAUCACGUCGAAGGAGAACCCCGCUGACUGCAUAUCCCGGGGAAUUUCACCGAAGAAUUUGCAGUCUCUUUCGCUAUGGUGGACUGGUCCACGGAUGCUGCGUGAAGGUGAUCCGGUCCUUGCUGAGCCGCCUCCCAUGGCGGACGAAGAAAUACCUGAAGUGAAGAAGAUAGUGUUAGUAGCGGCGGUGAAAGGAGAACGCCUGGCGAUAUUCUACAACGUGAGCCGUUAUCCCAUCAUACAGCGCGCGAUGGCGUAUGUUGUGCGUUUUUGUGAUUACAUACGAAGUCGAAGAAAGAAGCUAACGAAAGGACUGCUGACGACGGAUGAAAUGACGCGGUCGUCUACGUUGAUUGUGCGACUUGUGCAAGUUGAAGGCUUUGCGGAAGAACUAAAACUGCUGCGAAUGGAGAAACCCAAAUCGAAUCAACCGUUCGGAAACUUGUACCCUUUCAUCGAUCCGACUGAUGGCGUGCUUCGAGUCGGUGGUCGCUUGAUGAAUGCCGAAUUGCCGUACGACUACAAGCAUCAAGCCGUGGUCUACUGGCCAUAG